AUGGUGGAGUCUUCAAUCGAUGCACAGGGUCCGCCUCGCAAGAGAAUGCGAAAAGGCACCAGAAGCUGUAUGGAAUGCCGACGUCGUAAAAUUCGCUGCACUUAUGAUUCUGAUCGCUGUGAAACCUGCAACGAAUGUCGUCUAAGAGGCUCGAAAUGUUUUGAUCAGGAGCAUGGCUCAGAGGAUCCAAGCGCUCCGUCGGAGCGAUAUAGCCUCCGAGAGCGAGUUUCAUAUUUGGAGACUGUAGUUGUGGACCUGGCGAAAAGAUUGGAUCAAACUAAUGCUGCAAUAUCCAAAUCUGGUCAAAUUACAAGAAAUUUGACGCCUGUAGCUACAGAACCUGAUAGACUGGGACCAUCAAGUGAGAAGAUUGAGAAUGCGCCGGUCUUGCAGCUAUUUGACAACUAUCUUGUCAGUCGCCGAGACGACCCAUCCAUCAAUGACCAGUUUAUGGGCGCGAAAGAUACGUCGCCCAAAGCUCGAGCAGUCAGAAUCGAGCUCAUAUCAUUGUUUCCUUCUGAUCAAGACAUACAAAAAGUCCUAGCUCAGUGCUCUCAUCACCUGUCAUGCAUGUGCGAAGAUGAUGUCUCGGCGCUGUACAAGGUCUUUGCUGCAAGACAUGAUUUCCAAGAGACUCUGGUAGCGCCUGCUGAUAUCGCAAAAGCGCUAGUGUACCUGUCUCUCAGCGUUCUUCAAUCACCUCUGGAAUUUGACUUCAGCAUGCUACAAAUGCCUAUGGAUGCUCAAGAAUUCGCAUCUCGGUGCUGCGAAGCGGUUGACAGACUGGUUGUCCGUGACGAUGACUUUUCGGCAACACUACCUGGUAUAGAAUGUCACUUGCUGCUUUCCAAGUUCCACAUGAACGAGGGCCGGCUGCGCAAGGCGUGGCUAAUUAACCGUCGAGCUAUCGAGUUGGCUCACUUAGCUGGGAUGCACUUAUCAACCAAGACCCCACGACCAUUGGAUACUUUAUUCGAGAGACGACUCAAAAUCUGGUGCUCGCUAGCUACAUUAGAUCGAUUUAUUAGCCUCAUACUUGGUCUUCCUUACGUCAUUUCCGACGCAUUCUACAUACCACAAGUGGAGCGACGUUUGAAGUCUGCGGAGUCUGCUGCUGAGCAGUACAUGUUGCGGAUCGGUAUCAUCAUCGGCCACAUGAUCGAUCGCAAUCAAAACCCAGCCGAGAUGUGUCUCGAGACUACCUUGAAGCUCGAUCAAGAACUCAUGGAUGCCUGGAAUUCCAUGCCAAAUAGUCAAAUGGGCUCAGAGCCUGGUCUCGGCGAAAACAAAGCGCACUAUUUGGAACGAAUUCCGCUGCAGUUCAUGCCUAAGGUAUUACGGGCUCUUCUCCAUCUACCGUUUAUGUUGAAGUAUCCACAUGAUCCAAGGUAUAGCUUCUGCCAUAAGACGGCGAUCCAAUCUGCUCGGGAAGCACAGGCCUUUUACAAGAUUCUUCGAUCAACAGUCCGAUCAUACUUGUGCAAGAUUGUCGAUUUCAUGGCCUUUACAAUGGGCAUGCUGCUGGUCGUUCACCUACAUGGCUACUCUGAGGAAUCACCAGACCACAGUAAAGAAGAAGACGAACGAGACUGGGAGCUAGUAGGAGACCUCGUCGCCAUCCUCCGUCAAGCUGCGGCCGAAAGUGGCGGGUCCGUUGCCGCCGAGUCGGCGAAUAUUCUUGGCGAAAUGUACAACUGUCGAUUGGAAAAGGGAGACUGGGACCUAGCAACUAGUUGCAAGAUCACCGUGCCUUAUUUUGGGACGAUCACUGUUGGAGCUGGUGCCAAGUUUGCGAGCCCGAGGAAAAAAGGACAAGUCCCUGGAGUACCUGGUCCAGAGCCUAGUACUUCAUCCCAGAAGACUCCUAGUCAGCUUUAUACUCCGCCCUUGUCAGAUCCAGAUUGUGCAUCCACUGUUACGAACAACAGUCAUACUCCAGUCGCUGGUGUUACCGGAGGUUACAGGAGCCAGCCGCUUCCUGCAAAUGAUGAGAUGACGCCCAACUCUGUUGCCGGCUUAGAGGUCCAUGCUUUCAGCGGACUAUUUGACGAUAUUGGGCGGUACAUGUUUCCAACCCCUAAUGUCGAUAUUGGACUAGAUCAGGGAUGGAACCUGGACUGGUCUGACGGCAGCAUGCUGCCACAGUAA